GUCGUCGUGUGUGCGUGCAUGUGUGUGUGUGUGUGUGUGUGUGCGUGCGGUGCUCCAGGUGCCUUCUGCAUCCCGGUGUACAUCCCGUACAACCUGACGGGCCGGUGGAUGUUGGGCAAAGGGGUCUGCAAGGUGUGGCUGAUCAUGGACUACCUGCUGUGCACCGCCUCCGUCUUCAACAUCGUCCUCAUUAGUUACGACCGCUUCCUGUCCGUCACGAGAGCGGUCAAAUACCGGGCGCAGCGGAACAUGACCCGCCCGGCCGUCUUCAAGAUGGUGGCGGUGUGGGCGCUGGCCUUCCUCCUUUACGGCCCCGCCAUCAUCUUCUGGGAGGCGGCCGUCGGCCAGAGCGUCGUCCCGGCGCACGAGUGCUACGCCGAGUUCUACUUCACCUGGUACUUCCUGCUCAGCGCCUCCACCUUCGAGUUCUUCGCCCCCUUCGUGUCCGUGGCGUUCUUCAACCUGAGCAUCUACCUGAACAUCCACCAGAGGACCAAGACUGUGGGGGCCGGCGUGGAGGAGGAGGAGGAGGAGGUCAGGGCGCAACGGGUCCCCAGGCGCCACCGAGACGGGGCGGGACGCUCCGUGUCCUUCGUGAAGACCCGCAAGGUGUCGUCCACCGAGCCCACCGCCAUCUCGGCGGUCAUCGAGGACAUUGCCGACGCGCUGUCCCCGUCCUCCUGCGGGGACGCCGACAACACGCAGAUCUUCAUGAGGACGGAGAAGUUCUCCCCGGACCGGAGGAACCCGCGGCUGUUCCGGCACUCCGCCUCCUGCUCGGCGCCGGGCCGGAGGACGCAGGCGUCCCGGCUCUCCCGGGACAAGAAGAUCGCCAAGUCUCUGGCCAUCAUCGUGUGCAUCUUCGGGAUCUGCUGGGCUCCCUACACGCUCCUGAUGAUCAUCCGCGCCGCCUGCAGCGGCGAGUGCGUCGCCAACCACUGGUACGACGUCACCUUCUGGCUCCUGUGGCUGAACUCGGCCAUCAACCCGUUCCUCUACCCGCUGUGCCACAGCAGCUUCCGCAGGGCCUUCGCCAAGAUACUGUGUCCCAAGAGACAGUCGGUGCAGCCGCAGAUCGAGGCGCAGUCCUGUUAGACGGGCGAGUCGCACCGCACGCCAAUGGCGCCAAACACUGUAAAAAAAAACAAAUGUCUGUUCUUCCAUCAAAAAAAAGAUCUUUCACGGCACAUUUUACGGCUAAACGUUCCAACGUGACCAGCGGACCUCAUGUGACCUGUGCAGCCCCCCCAGCAGAGAAGUCUGUAUCUCAUUACAUUAUUGUGCAACUUCCUGUUUAUACUUCAUAUUAGAGUGAAUAUCGAAGCACCUUCAAUGUUCCUCUUCGUGUUGUUGUUGAGAAGAGGACUAGUAUCGUCACAUGACCCUGUAUGCCGUCGUUCUCGCUCUACGGGUUGGAAUCGCCCCGGACGACGACCUCGGCAACGCCCCCCGUGUGGACGCUCCCGUGUGGACGCCCCCCCGUGUGGACGCCCCCGUGUGGAC